CCUUAUUGUAAUGUACACGUUUUGUUUUGAAUGUCAACGAUGCGUCAUUAUCUGUGCUUGUUUGUAGAACACGCUUGUUGUAGAAUGGCGCUUCAGGUGGUAAAACACACAACUUUGUCUGACUCUAUGGUCGCUUUAUGAUUCAUUUCAUGACAUCUCUUAGAAUGAAACGCUUUUAAAUGAAAGACUGUCCUCAAAUAGCUGAGAUAAAUGCUGUACACAUCCACUAGAGGGGACAAAAUAAGAAGACCCACACUCAUCACCCAAUGACAGAACAAAUUGACUUUCCCUCCACUUUCCUGCCCUCCCUCAAACACGUCCAUAAAAAAAUAUAUAUUUAAAUCAAGGCCCCACCUGCCACCUUCUGAGAGCCAAUUAUUUGGACAAAUCUAGUGGCUGAUGGCACACCCUCCUUUGUUCAAAACCAAUAGGAAUGGAAGUGUGGCACUUUGCCUGCGGGGAAAAAACUUUCCCCGGGAUCAGAGUUAGUCACGCAUCACCUAACUUUUGCCAAUGUGUUCACAACGGUGCUCCCUCUUUUGGAAUUUUGACCAUUACAACUAUUAUUAUUCUGAGGUGUGUUUAGUAUGGGAAGUAGACAACAAUGGCUUACAAGACUGAAGAAUGAACUUAGCAACAGUCCUCUUGUUUCAAAUGUGGCCUUCGGCUUCAUACUUAUGGGACUAGAAAAAUUGGUGGAGUUGGAGUUUGAGUGUCCUUGCAAUCCCAAAUGGAAUGGAGUGUUUUCCUCAGCUUUCUUCAUCAUCCCCGCCGUCAUGGCCUUCACGUUGAUGCUGAUUAUUCAAGGAUGCAGAUGUGACACUUGGUGUCGCAAGACCUUAUCCCUCUCCAGCUUCGUCCCGGCGAUCGUGUGGUUGAUAUUGCUCUUCCUCGACGGGCAGUACUUUGCGUGCGCAAUGACGGACUGGAAGGGCAGGUUUGUCAUCGUUGACAAAGCGGCUCCGCAAAAAUGGUGUGAACCCACGAACGAGGACGACGUCACGCCGCAAGAACUGAUGCUUCGCUCGCAGCAGUUAUUCGUUGUUUCUCAGGUCAUAGGCAUAGCUCUUCUCAUUUUCAUCUGUGUGGGACUUGUAGUGUAUGUGAUUAGAGAGAGCUGCCAACAGGAGAUGGAGACCCAGGAUUCCAGCGUAGCGGAGAUGACGAUGUGCAGUUUGAGUUCACGAAGGACGCGAACGUCAUGAAUGUGGACAUUGAAGCCUCCAUUGCACACCUCCCCGCAUUAGUCUGUACAGUGGGAGACUACCGUAGGCUACAGAGUACCGUAGGACUUUCUGAAACACCAUCCCUGUAAAUAUGUUCUUUUUUCCUCAUGGAAUACUUUAUAUGCAUUUUUAUGAACCUCAUAAUCUCGGACAGAUUUAUCUGCAGGACAUCUUAAUUUUUUACAAAUAUCUGAUAGUAACUUUUUUUUAUAAUUCACAGAUUUUUUACAGACCAGUAUUGACUCUCGGCUGGAGUUACAUUGUUCAUGUAAAGUCUUUUUUUAAACGAACACGCAAGUAUUGAGACAUUUCGCUGAUGUACUUGACGUCAGUAUAUGGUAUACCAAAGUUAUACUGAACAAAAAUAUAAACGCAAUAUAAACAUGGAACCAUCUCAAAGAUUUUGCUGAACAUACCAGGAAAUCCGUUAGUGCUGUAAACUAUGGAUUCCACAAGACUAUGGCUACAGAUAUGAAUUUGUGUAGAAAUUCUAGGAUCGUUUAUUUUAGUUCAUAAAACAGGAAACUCGACAUGUUGUAUUUAUAUUUUUUGUUCAGUGUAUAUUGUAUAGUAGAGUUCCUGGAUAUCCAUCGGUGUGAUUGGUUCGCAACAUCCUCUAGUUUUGUGUCUGGUGCCUAGAAAAUAAGCAGGUAUGUUUUUCUGAUCUAAAAGAGAGCGGAAGAAAUCUUUGUAAGCUUCGAGUCUGACAAGGUUUCUCAUCAAAUGUGGACCAAAGGUGGAAAAUUACUUUUAUCUUGUGUGUAUUUGGUCUGAUGCUGGCAAGACACAUUUGUUUCCUUGAUCUGUUGUAACAAGUAACCCUUCAUUCACUGGUUUACAUGAUCUAGUCUCACAGAGAAAUAGGUCUUGGUUCCUUCAAAAGGGAAGCACAGUUUUAAAUGUUAGUAGUUCUGUUGAAAUGGUUACAAUAGUUAAACAAUCCAGGAAACUGCCAUUUGAAGGGACAGUUAGCUCAUGAAUGAAAACCUAUUAUUUAUUUCCAUAUAGUCAAGAAGAAGUGUUGACAUUCUGGGGUCAUUUGCACCAACAGGGCUCACCCUUAAAGGAUCAGUACCCAAUUAUAAUCAAAUCAAGUUUUUGUUAAAUUCAAUUAAUCAGUCCUCACAGACCUUUACCUAUCCCUUCGCUGUGUGCACUAAAUAUA